UAUACAUUUAGUGCAUUAAGUGAAGAAAUGUCAGAUGUUGACAUGGGGGGUCUUGACCCCUUCACCAUUUAUAGUCGUUCCGCCCCUGUAUUCAAUCAUUUUAGCCCAGACUCUGUCCAAAACAUCAGAUCUCAUCUGAUCGAGCACUCACCGCUACAACAAUGGGGGAAAAGAAGGUGACUAUAAUGAUUCUGAAGGUAGACCUUCAGUGUGAAAAAUGCUACAGGAAGGUCAAAAAAGUUCUAUGUAAAUUCCCUCAAAUACGAGACCAGGCGUACGACGAGAAGAACAACCUGGUGAUCAUCAAAGUGGUCUGCUGCAAUCCUGAAAAGAUCAGGGACAAGCUAUGCUGCAAAGGAGGUGGAUGCAUUAAGAGCAUCGAGAUCAAAGAGCCCGAGAAGCCCAAGCCUCCUCCUCCUCCUCCGGCGCCGAAACCCGCUCCGGCUCCACCUCCGGCGCCGAAACCUGCUCCGGCUCCACCUCCGGCUCCGAAACCUGCUCCGCCUCCACCUCCGGCGCCUAAACCAGCUCCAGCUCCGGAGCCAAAACCUGCUCCGGUUCCUCCUUGCUGUCCGCGGCCUGUGCACCCGUGUUGUAUGGAUUGUUACGAAGGGCGUCGUGGUGGACCUUGUGAGACUGGGUAUGGUUACGGUGGGCGUGCCCCGGCUCCGGUUCCUGCUUGCCCUCCGUGGCCGGUGAACCCGUGUUGUAUGGAUUGUUACGAAGGGCGUCCUGGUGGUCCCUGCGAAACUGGGUAUGGUUACGGUAGGCCUGCCCCUUACAUACAGUACGAUGGCUACUAUGGAAUGCCGGUCUAUGAUAGUUACGGCGGUGGGAGGAGCUAUACUACUAGUUACUGCGUGACCCGCCCCGAUUGUUUCAGAGAAGAAAAUCCUCAAGCGUGCGCCAUCAUGUAAUAAAACCAUACGUACCUACCUACUGUGCCUUUUGCUGCCUUUGUGGGGAAGUUUCCAUCAGCUCGAUCGGUGGUCCUUCAUUUUUAAGUUGUACGACGUUGAAGUAAAGAAUAAAAAGUAUG